UGCUCUCUGCUGAGCGCGGGGAAGGGGGCGCCUGCCCAGAAGGGAGGAGCGAGCUCUGAAGCCUUUUUGGUCGUUUGGUAGCCAUAGGCAUCAAAUGCAAUGAGGCAAUAUAACAUUUCAGAACUGAGGAAUUUCCCUUUUUCAUUUAAGAGUGCUGUUUGAGGCAGCUUACGAAUAUAAGCAGCAUAAAACAGAAGCCGGCCAUUUUAAAAUCUGAUAAGAAAUGGUGAGCAGCCAACCUGUUCCUAUCUCAGACAAUGGUAAAAGGAAAAAGAAGAAAAAGACCAGAGCUUCAGAUCAUUUCCCAGGAAGAUUUGAAGAUUUAUACAAACUUACUGCAGAGUUGCUUGGUGAAGGGUCCUGUGCCAAAGUUCAGGGAGCUGUUAGCUUGCAAAAUGGGAAGGAGUAUGCAGUUAAGAUAAUUGAAAAAAGUGCUGGGCAUAGCCGGAGUCGGGUGUUUCGGGAAGUGGAAACAUUGUAUCAGUGUCAAGGUAACAAGAACAUUUUGGAAUUAAUAGAAUUUUUUGAAGAUGAUGCAAGAUACUACCUUGUCUUUGAAAAGCUGCUUGGAGGCUCUAUCCUGGUCCAUAUACAAAAGCAAAAGCACUUUAAUGAGAGAGAAGCCAGCAGGGUAGUGAAAGAUAUUGCCUGUGCUCUGGAUUUUCUUCACACAAAAGGUAUUGCUCAUCGAGAUCUGAAGCCAGAAAACAUACUGUGUGAAUCUCAUGAUAAGGUUUCACCGGUGAAAAUUUGUGACUUUGAUCUUGGGAGUGGAGUGAAGCUCAACAGUGCGUGUACUCCAAUAACUACACCUGAAUUGACUACUCCAUGUGGUUCUGCAGAGUACAUGGCCCCUGAGGUGGUAGAAGUAUUCACAGAUGAAGCCACGUUCUAUGACAAGCGCUGUGAUCUGUGGAGCUUGGGUGUGAUUUUGUACAUCAUGUUAAGUGGCUAUCCUCCUUUUGUGGGGAAUUGUGGUACAGACUGUGGCUGGGACAGAGGAGAAGUCUGCAAAAUUUGCCAGAACAAGCUCUUUGAAAGUAUCCAAGAAGGCAAGUAUGAGUUUCCUGACAAGGACUGGUCUCAUAUCUCCAGUGAUGCCAAAGAUCUGAUCUCCAAGUUGCUAGUUCGUGAUGCCAAAGAGCGACUGAGUGCUGCUCAGGUUCUGCAACAUCCAUGGGUGCAAGGGAAUGCUUCUGAAAGAGGACUGCCUACACCACAAGUUCUUCAAAGGAACAGCAGCACAAAAGAGCUCACUCUCUUUGCAGCUGAGGCUAUUGCUCUAAACCGCCAGCUCUCCCAGCAUGAGAACCAUCUCAGUGAAGAGGAAGAAAGUAUCACUCAGGCCAUAUGCUCCAUGAAGCUUUCUCCCCCCUCAAAAUCCCGCCUUGCCAAACGCAGAGCUAUGAGUCAGGCCACAAAAAACAGUGAAUUCCAACCAGCCACUCCUGCUGCCCUUUGAUACUCAUUCUCCAGUUGUCAGCACUGGGGUGUGUGUGUGUGUGUGUGUCAAGUUUUGUAUAAUUAUUUUAAAGGUCUCUGGGUUUAUCAGUGUUAAGACUUUGUAGAACAAAGCUUGUAAUGAAGUGAUUUAAAGGACAGUUUUCUUGAAAUGUCUUUUUUAAAAUUUGAAAAAUGUAAUGAAUUGUAUAAAGUUUUUAGAUGCUGCUACUGUAUUAAUGACACAACAAGACUAUAAUUACAUACCAGUUUCUGUAACUAGAGUAUACAUUUCCAUGACCAGCCCUUUGGCUAGUAGAAGUAUAACCGAAUGAGCUAGAAGUAGUUGUAUGGUGCUGUUACUCUGCCUGUAUCUACCAUAUAAUGGUGGUAGCCCAUCCUCCAGGAAGCUUCACAUAGUUCACCUUUCCUAUAAGAAUGGAGUUAUGUUACUCUUAACUUGUAUGGAUGUAUAGAAACAUGCUUUUAGAAUGAAUAGGGGCACAGCUGUUUCAAUGAGAGUGUGAUCUCCAUAGAAGUAAUCUGCUCUCCCCCCCCCCCAUUUCAUCACAGAUGGAGACUGCAUCUUAAGUAUGGCAUUGGCAAAAAGCACUUUGGGGAGAAGCGCCUCAAUAUAGAAAGGCUUCCUGCCUUUAGCAAAGUCUGCCUUGUAGUUCCGAUUUCCAAGUCAUUCUGUUACAUUGCUUCUACUUGAAGUAUGUAAUUUUCUGAGCAUUUUCAAAGGAGUGUACCUUCUCACUAUCCUAGCUCCUAUAUAGAAUGCCCUGGGAAAUUCUUACCAUGAUAGUAACAUCUGUAAGGUCUUUUGGGGGUGGGGUUUUCCUACCAAAACAUGUGCCAUGAGAAAUAUGGAAUGUUGCAUUUGUUUGAGCAGCAAUGACAAAGUUUUAUACUUCACCACUCUUCAGUGCAGUCCCACCAUAGGAAAGAGCUUAUAGAGGUGCUUGCAUCAUGGUGGUGCUUUGAAUAGGCUGUGACUCCAAGGACAAGGGAAUUCAAGGCUCAGUGCAGCAGUCGUGCUGUGCUGCUAGCCCUAGGUAAAUGUGUGCUGAAAAGCAUUAGGAUGCCUGGUCUCUUGCUGCUUAUGGCCUUUGCGUGUCAACUGUCAGCACAAAUGAUUCUUAAAAAAAAAGAAAUUGGAAUGUAUACAUAGUACCUGUCCUCCUCGCCUCCCCUUUGUCCCACUAAGAAGCACCUGAUUCUCCCAGUCACUUACAUAAGCUCCCCCUACCCCCAAUUUGGUGUGUUAAUAUCACAGCUGUUUCCUUAAUACAAGGAUUGUGCAGAAUUUUUGAACAAAAGUGUCUUGUGUAUUUGCAAUCAAUAUUUCCUUGUCGAUCUCACAAGCAAGCACUUGGAAAGCACCUAAUUAUUUGGUAUUUUAUUAUUUUGAUGAGACUUGCUUCAGGUACGGUGCUGAACUUCUACUUGUACAAAAGUUUGCAGCUUUUGUGAUAAGCAGU